UCUUGUUAAGCUAAUCGAGUUCAUGCUUACAGACACACGUUUUUGAAGGAGAAAUCAUAAUUAAGGAACUAUUUAUUACACCCAAAAUCAUUAAAAGGAGGUAUUUCCUUGCCCGAUAUAGUCAUUUACUCAACAGAGACAGACGACAGGACUCGGACUAGAAGAUGAACGUUUUGUGGAUCGUGAGUGUACUAGCUGUAGCGAGGGGAGCCACCGUACAGACGGGAAACGUCCAGUGGUUUGAUUUGGAGGCCGCACAGAAACACCCAGAGCAGUUACAUAUCCUGAAGGCCAAGGCAGGGAUCAACUACCAGCCAUACGAACAAGCAUGGAAGGAAUUCAGAAUAUUAUUUAAUAAAACCUACAAAACUUUGGAGGAAGAGAGUUGGCGCUUUGAGAUUUUCAGAGAGAACGUUCAGAAGAUUGAGGAACACAACAAACUGUACCAUCUAGGCAAGAAAUCAUACUUCCUGGGAGUAAACCAAUUCUCUGAUCUGAAACACGAAGAGUUCUUGAAAUUCAAUGGUCUGAAAAAGACCUCUUUCAAAAAUGAGGGAUGCUCAAGUUACCUUUCUGCCCACAACUUGGUGGUACCUGACUCUGUAGACUGGAGAACAAAGGGAUACGUUACAGAUGUCAAAGAUCAAGGUCAGUGUGGUUCCUGUUGGUCCUUUAGUACGACUGGUUCUCUUGAGGGACAACAUUAUCGUAAAACUGGGAAUCUAGUUUCCUUCAGCGAAUCACAACUCGUGGAUUGUUCCGGAUCAUUUGGCAAUGAAGGUUGUAAUGGAGGACUCGUGGACAGUGCAUUCAAAUACAUCAAGUCUGUGGGAGGUAUUGAGAGUGAAGACGACUACCCGUACAAGCCAAAGGAAAGAACCUGUCAAUUUGACGAUACCAAAGUUGCUACCACAGUCAGUGGAUGUGUGGAUGUAGAGAGCGGAAGUGAGUCGUCCCUGAAGAAGGCCGUGUCAGAAGUCGGCCCUAUAUCCGUGGCGAUCGAUGCCAGCCACUCCUCAUUCCAAUCCUACUCCGGAGGUGUGUAUGAUGAACCUGAUUGCAGCUCAAGGCAGCUGGACCAUGCCGUGCUGUGUGUUGGGUAUGAUACUGAUGAUGAGGGGCAAGAUUAUUGGAUUGUCAAAAACAGCUGGGGUGUCGAGUGGGGAGACGAGGGUUAUAUCAAAAUGUCCAGGAACAAGGACAAUCAGUGUGGAAUCGCAUCAGAGGCCAGCUACCCUCUAAUGUAGGGAAAGAAGUCAUUCACAUACUUGUUCUCUCACAGAUUAUCAAGUGAAAGGAAAUCAGGCAGGUUAUGAUGGAUACACGUCCGUAAUUUAUUACGAUGCUGAAUUAUUAACGAACAAUUAUCAAACAAUUCUGAAAUAUCGUUAUUAGAAAAAACUCCUAUGUAUACUGUGUGCCACUGUUCCUGAAAAUCUCUAAAGAUUGUUAUUUUUACUGUGUAUCAUUGUAUUGUUACAAAGGUGUAUUGUUUAAUAAUUGUCCGAUAAAAUACUAUUACUAGAUUUUAUAUACGAUAGUUUCAUUUAUUUGUUUGCUGAUUGAAUAUAAUUAUCAUAUAACCAUUAAAGAUAAAGGAAUGAUAUGGUUAAGCAUGAUGACCAGGCUUAAUGUAAAGGAAAUGACUGAAAUUAAAAAGAAAAAAAAUCAAUUAUACAAUGGCUUCCAUUGUAGAAUUUAUUUUUAAUCUUUUUAAUUUCUGUCAUUUCCUUCACAAAUUAAUUGCUAUAUACUACGAGCUUAACCAACUUUCGUGCGUGCAAAUUGGUGAAUUGUAAAAAGUCAAUUCUUCAGGUUAUAUCAUGGUAGAAAGAUAUAAUUUUGUAGUUUUCAAAACUCGUUUACCAAGCAUAGCUGCCGAUUUUCUAUAUAAUUCAUUAUUUGUUAGGCUAGGUUUAAAGACAAUUAAGGUUGCUAUUGGAACUGGUUGCACUGUUAACAGAAUCAAAAGAAUGAAAUGCCAAUUUUACGCUAGUUUGAAGAAAACUGACAAUUUGAGCAAUACAGAAUAAAAUAAUCAUGUGUAUUUUUAAACUAUAGAAAAAGCGUCCAUGGGCUUAUGAAUAGAUUAAAAGAACAUCCAACCAAAAAGCACUUUAAAAAUAACAUUUCUUUUCAGUUUAUUCAAACACACAUAAAUUGUAUUGGAAAACUAUUAGUGUGUUAAAAUGGAUUGGCGAUAAGAAAAUAUAUACUGAAAUUAAAUCCAUUGGUUAAAAAGGCUAAAUAAUGAAAAUCAGCGAUUUUGAGGCUCUUUUGAAGAAAUUUUAUUCAUAAACUACCUGCUUCAUGAUACUUAAAAAAUUGACCGAAAUGACUAAAACAUACCCCCCCCCCCCCUUACGUCUUGUAUCAAUUGAAGCCGUAUUUUAGCUAAAUGAAUGGCUGCUGCUAUGACUUUUUAACAAGUAAGAGUUUCUGAUUGAUUUCAAAAGUCCACAUCAUUCUCAAUCAACGACAGUUGUAUGUUGCUGAAAAAUACAUUUGAUUUAUAUAUCCAGCCUGUUUUCCACAAAUAUUUUUCAAAAUUGGGUUUAAAACAAGUAUUUUGCUUUUCAGAAUCAAUCAGCUUAGUUUGGUUAAAUAAAAACUUUUGAAUUAUGUUAAAAAAAAAAUACGAAAAAUCAUGUUUUGAAAUUUAUCAUCGGUUUCCAUUGCAUCGUUCAUUAGAUUUUGAUUUGCCAACCGAUGUUUUUCUUUAUAUGACCAUUGACUGUAUAGUUAAUUAAAGAUUCUAUAUCUCAUAAUUUUUAAAAGCCUUAAUUACUUUCUAUUCUGAUUUACUUUUACUUUAAAGUUGCUAAGAUAAUCUUUGUAUCAUGAGGAAAAUUAGUCACAAUGCGUACCGAAACCCUAUGUAAAAUUUUGGUUUUUACAUAUAAUUGAUCUUUAAACUUUGUUCAGUUUCUCUCUGCAAUCCUCUUGAAUUUUCCGACAUAAAAUUACUACAUCGUCUUUAUGUAGGAACAUUUUGGAUAAUUAAAAUAAAGUACAUCAUUUCCCUGUUACAAGGCCUUUCCAAAUUCAGUAUAAGGAGAUGCACUUUGGAUUAUAAAAUUUCACAUGCAUGAAUAAUUGUCUAAACUUUACAUUUUAGACAAAUCUCUGUUUAAAUUGAACGCAAAAAUAUCAUUUAUGCAUUGUAUUACUCUUAACAAAUUAUAGAAAAUAAAACUCAGAAACAUU